AUGCCCGACGAGCUGCAGCACUCGGAAGUCCCCAUCGAAGAUAGCCCUAGAUCUUCAAUGACUCUGAAGACGACUCUGGAAGACGGCACAACUAUAAAUCUGACCGUUUCCCCCAUCCCAACAGCAUCCUCAGCAGUCACCGCAUCGACAACUUUCACUCACACUUCCUUCUCAUUCCAAAUCAGCACCUCUCUUCCCAACCAGGUUCUGCCUUUACGCAAAGCCUCGCCGUCUCCAGAAGCCCAUUCUUGCCCUAUCAGCUCGCCUGUGAAAAAGCAUUCCAAGUCUACCAGCGCAAAUCCACCUCCAGGUAAACCCUCAAAGUCAAGCAAUAUGCCUUUCGAACUCCCCAACGACGUUGUUGGCAUUGACUCCGGCGAAAAGAGUCUCUUGUUCUACGUCUACGCCGAUCCAAAGGGAAACUACCAGUUGAGCUACCUCGAGUCUCCUAAUGCAUACGGCACCGGCAGCUACACGGUCAAAAAGAUCAAGAGAGCCAAGGACCCUUGGGAGGCGAACGAGGACGAUCAGAUGAUUGACAUCAAGGUCUCUCCCAACAACAAGCAAGUUGCCGCCAUUACCUGGAAGGGCAACAGAGGCGUCGAGAUCCGUGUGUACUACGUCGACAAGGAGACUGAGUAUCUCCGAGAGGUUUGCAAGACUGGCAACGGCGGCUGGUAUAUCGGGGCUCUGUCAUACGACGAUGACAAGAGCAACAAGUACAAAAUCCGCCCUGGCACGUCCAUCUCUGCCUCUGUCCAUGAAUACGGCACCAACAACUACAAUCUGAGGGUCUUCGCCGCCGAGGACGGUGAGGUCAACAAAAAGGGUCUCCCCCAGAUUUCCGUUUUCAAGUUCACCCACGACGAGUCCGAGUCGGCAUCUACCUGGCAGGGUGUGUACAUCACCAACACCGUCACCGAGUACUAA